AUUUCUAUCUUCACAAUAAUACACCUUUCCCUUACAAGAAUAUGCAGCCUUUAAAUGAGUGUUCUUCAUCCCAAAAUCCAGUUAUACUUGAACCAUGGAAUCCAUCAAGAUUCUAGCCUUAUGGAGGAUUCUCUCUUACUUUCUUUUGGCCAUUCUAACACACUUUUCACUCCAACUUGCUUGGUUUUCCAAAACAGUAGUUUUGGCCUCUGCUGCCAGCACAAGAACUGUUGGUGAUGAAGCUGCAACUGAUAACAGUGAGGCAAAUGCACUGUUAAAGUGGAAAUACAGCUUUGAUAAUAGCAGCCAAGAUCUCUUAUCAACUUGGACAGGUUCUACUUCAUGCCAAUGGGAAGGAAUUCAUUGCAACGAUUCCAAGUCCAUCUCCACCAUAGAUCUUUCAAAUUAUGGUCUCAUAGGUACCCUUCACACCCUCAAUUUCUCAGCUUUUCCUAACCUACUCAUCCUAAAUAUCUAUAACAACUCCUUUUAUGGGACCAUUCCACCACAAAUUGGUAACAUGACCAGAGUAAAUGUUUUGAAUCUUUCUACAAAUUAUUUCAAUGGUUCCAUCCCUCAACAAGUGUGGACACUAAGGAGUUUACAAGGCCUUGAUCUGUACAAAUGUCAACUAAGCGGUGAGAUUCCUAAUUCCAUAGCAAACCUGUACAAUUUGACAUAUCUAGAUUUAGGCAUAAACAGUUUUUCUGGCCAUAUUCCACCAGAGAUUGGAAAGUUGUACAAGGUAGAGUUUCUAAAUCUUAAAAUUAAUAAGUUUUCUGGUUCCAUUCCUCUAGAAAUUUCAAUGUUGAGAAACCUUAGGAAUAUUGAUUUGUCAAGAAAUUCUCUCUCUGGUACUAUCCCUGAAACAAUAGGCAACAUGUCUAGUUUAAAUGAGCUUCGCCUUUCCAAUAACUCCCUUUUAUCUGGGCCAAUCCCAUCCUCCUUAUGGACCAUGUCUAACCUGACCUUGCUCUUUCUUGAUAGCAAUAAUCUUUCUGGAUCAAUCCCUGCUUCCAUAGAAAACUUGGCCAAUUUAGAUACACUUGCACUUGAUUACAACCACAUUUCUGGACCUAUUCCUUCCACAAUUGGAAACCUGACCAAGCUCACCAGGUUGUUUUUACGCUCUAACAAUCUUUCUGGAUCAAUUCCUCCCUCUAUAGGAAACUUGAUCAAUUUGAAAGUACUUAGUCUCCAAAUCAAUAAUCUCACCGGAACAAUUCCUGCCACAAUUGGAAAUUUGAAAAACCUCACUAUUUUAGAACUGUCCUUCAACAAACUCAAUGGCAGUGUUUCACAAGUCUUGAAUAACAUUCUGAACUGGUCUAUGGUGUUACUUGCUGAGAAUGAUUUCACAGGCCAUUUGCCACCUCAAAUUUGCUCUGCUGGGACCCUAAACUCCCUUAGUGCUCACCACAACCGUUUCACCGGUCCGGUGCCAAUAAGCUUGAAGAACUGUUCUAGUGUUACUAGACUCAGGUUGGAAGGGAACCGAUUGGAAGGAGAUAUAGCACAAGAUUUUGGUGUAUAUCCAAAUUUGGAAUACAUUGAUUUGAGCGACAACAAGUUUUAUGGCCAAAUUUCAUCAAACUGGGGGAAGUGUCCUAAUCUUGGUACCUUAAAGAUAUCCAACAAUAACAUUUCUGGUGGUAUACCAGUCGAACUUGCUGAGGCAACCAAACUUGGCAAGCUUCACCUUUCUUCUAAUAACUUGAAGGGAAAGAUUCCAAAGGAAUUAGGGAAUAUGAAAUCGUUAAUUGAACUUGAGAUUAGCAACAACCAUCUUUCUGGUGACAUUCCCAAAGAAAUUGGAUCAGUACAAAUUCUUGAAGAUUUGGAUCUUGGAGGUAACCAGUUGAGUGGAACAAUACCGAGAGAAGUUGUAGAAUUGCCCAACUUACGAAGGUUGACUUUGAGCAAUAAUAAAAUAAACGGAACUAUUCCCCUGGAGUUUCGCAAAUUUCAGCCUCUUGAAUAUCUUGAUCUUAGUGGGAAUUUGUUGAGUGGAACAAUACCAAAACAGCUUGGAGAGGUGACGAAACUGCAGUGGCUUAAUCUCUCUCACAACAGUCUUUCUGGAAAUAUUCCAUCCAGUUUUGAUGGCGUUUCAGGUUUGAUUUCUGUCAACAUAUCAUACAACCAGUUAGAAGGGCCACUUCCAAAUAACGAAGCCUUUCUAAAUGCUUCGAUUGAAUCAUUGAAAAAUAACAGAGACUUGUGUGGCAAUGUCACUGGCUUAAUGCGUUGCCCAGCCAACCACAGUCGGAAGAGGCACAAGGGCAUUCAAAUAGCAUUAUUUAUUUUCUUGGGUGCUCUUGUUCUAGUGUUAUGUGGGGUGUCAGUUUCAAUGUAUAUUCUCUGUCGAAAAGCAAGAAAGGAAGAUAUACAUGGUAAAGAAAAUGUGCAUUCCGGAAAGAAACUCACUGGAGAAGUGUUUUCCAUAUGGAGUCACGAUGGAAAAAUUAUGUUUGAACACAUCAUUGAAGCAACCGAUAAUUUCAACGAAAAAUAUCUGAUUGGACUUGGAGGGCAAGGAUCAGUUUACAAAGCUGAGAUGUCAACAGGCCAGGUUUUUGCGGUGAAGAAACUUCACAUGGAAACAGAUGAAGAGAAGCCUAAUUUUAAAGCUUUUGAAAACGAAAUUCAAGCUUUGACAGAAAUCAGGCACCGUAACAUUGUAAAGCUAUGUGGAUUUUGCUCACAUUCACGGUUCUCCUUUUUGGUCUACGAGUUCUUGGAAGGGGGUAGCUUGGAUCAAGUACUAAUCAAUGAAAAGAAAGCAGCUUCAUUUAACUGGGAAGAGAGAGUAAAUGUUGUUAAAGGUGUGGCCCAUGCUUUAUCCUAUAUGCAUCAGGAUUGCUCACCACCAAUAAUUCAUCGAGACAUAUCCAGCAAGAAUAUUCUUUUAGAUUCACAAAAAGAACCUCAUGUCUCUGAUUUUGGGACAGCUAAGAUUCUAAAACCUGGUGCAAGCACUUGGACCACAUUUGCAGGCACCUUUGGGUAUGCAGCUCCAGAGUUUGCCCAGACAAUGGAAGUGACUGAGAAAUGUGAUGUAUUCAGUUUUGGAGUUCUUUGUCUAGAAAUCAUCAUGGGGAAACAUCCGGGGGAUCUCAUUUCUUCCUUGUUAUCUUCAUCUUCAGCAGCAAUAACUCAUAACUUGCUACUAAUUGAUGUGAUAGACCAAAGACCUCCUCAUCCUCUUAAAUCGGUUGUUGGGGAUGUCAUUUUGGUUGCAAUCUUGGCAUUUUCUUGCUUGAGUGAAAAUCCAUGUUCUCGACCAACAAUGGAUCAAGUGUCCAAAAAGCUUAUGAUGGGUAAGUCACCUUUAGCAGAUGAGUUCCCUAAUAUCAUACUUGCACAACUCCUCCAAAGCAGUAUUUAACUACAUACAACUACUUAAGUUUUUCUUGUUUUGUUCACCAUUUAUCCUUUGUAUUAUGAUGUAAGCUUGUCACUGUAAUAAAUCAUGUAUAUGUAACUAGAGCAACUAGAUUUUCUGGUUCAAAUAAUAGGGGGAUUGGGUGUUACUCAUCCUCACACUGUUAUAGAUGUUACAACACUCUCAAGCUUUUGGUAUAUGCAUUUGGCAACAAUCACUUGAUUUUUGGCACAUGCAUACGUUGCAGCAAUCACUUGUUCAUCACUUCAAUCAUCAUCACAAAUAAAGUCUAUCCUUGCAGCUGCGGUAGGUCGAAUUACAUUAUGCAGCAUCACCCUGCUAUUGAUAUGCUGCAUAUGCGGUACAAGUCUUAUCAUAAUAUGUACUUGUCGUGUGGUGUCAUGUUAUGCUUAACCAAAAUAAAUUACAUUCGUGUUAUAGUUGAAAACAGUUAGCCUUGAGUGAAACAAAGCAAAAUGUGAUAUAUCAGUAUCUGAUCUUUUUUAUAAACUUUUAUGAUGAUUUUAUUA